GGUGGUGGUGACGGUGGUGAUGGUGGUGGUGGUAGUGGUGGUGAUGGUGGUCGUGGUGGUGCUGAUGGUGGCGGUAGUGAUGGUGGUGUUGGUGGUAGUGGUGGUGGUGAUGGUGGUGGUGGUGGUGGUGUUGGUGGUACUGGUGGUGGUGAUGGUGGUGGUGUUGGUGGUACUGGUGGUGGUGAUGGUGGUGAUGGUGGUGGUGGUGGUGGUGGUAGUGGUUAGUUUGCUUCUCUGA